AUGUUAAACUCUAAGAUUUUGAUGAUAGCCCUACAUUUCAUCAUGAAGAGCAAUAGGUUGAAGUUGAAUGAGUACAGAGAGGCUAAGAAGCUUUAUUUAAUUAAGCAGUAAGAAUUCAUAAAGUGCUUCGAGAGAUUUAAACAUAGAGAUCACACCACAAUUAAUGAAUUAGGUUCUGAGCAUAUUUACAAAAGAGAUUAAUAACCUAAAUUAAUGAACAGCCUUACUGCCAUCCAUACACGAUUAAAUAGCACUUCUAAAUUAGACACUUUAGCUCCAAUAAGGCACAAUCAAACUACUACAACCAUAGAAGAAAAUAGCUUUGAUCUGCCUCAUAAUAUGAGUUAGAUAAGAGCAUAAUCAAGGAAUAGAUAAUCUAGGUAACCUUCACUUAAAUAUGAGAAUGAUUUAGUGAUCUAAGGAUAGUAGCAGCCUUCAUAAGUUAACUUAACAAUGUCUAAAUCAUUUCAAGAAAUGGAAUAAUAGACAAAUGAGGAAGCUUAAAAAAUUUAGCUAAUGAACAACAUUAAAGUUUAUGAAACUUUUUCAACUGUAAGCGCCAGGACCAAUGGCUUAAAUUUAAAUACAAUUGCCAAAAUUGAGAUAGAGGAUAUAAAUUAUCUCAACAAACUAAAGAGUCAUAGAAGCAAAGAGAGAUAUAUUAAAGAGGGUAAAAGUAAUCUUCUUUAGAAAAAGCAGAUGAUUCAAAAUAUCAAAGCUAAAAAUCAAAAUCAACUCCCUAUAGAUGGUAAAAGCAGGAAUAGAUUUGAAAGAGGGAAUGGGACAAAUGAUAACACUUCCUCAAAUUUGAGAAAAUCAUAAAAAACAUGCUUGACUAUUAACUUUGACUUGAUAAAUGAUAAAUAGCCAUCUCUAGUUACUAAUACCAAGGGUGGAUAAACAGGUCAAGUAGAAACUCCGAGGUCAAACCUUGACUAUAUUCCUGAAAUUUUAGUACCUGACCCUUUCAUGCAAUUUUUAUAAACAAAAAACUAUCAUACUGCUUAAUAGCAGUCGUAAAACAUAUCAUCACUUUCCAAUGCAAAUUUUAAUGAUACUUCAAUAAUUCAGGAGAAAUCAUUUAACCGAAUUAAAAGCCCAGUUGAGAUGAAGAAUCUGUCAAUGUUGAGUGGUUCUUGCAGCAGGUUGAAAAUAUCUGGAAAGUAAUCUCCAACUUAUCAGACCAAGGAUCUAAAGCACGCAAGAUAAUUUAGCAACAAAUCUUAAAAGUAAGGUGGAAAGUAAAUGAGUUCUCCAUUUGCAGUUAGACAAAAAAGCUAAGAAAAAUCUGUUGGUCGCUUCAAAAACUUUACACUUUUAAAGAGCAAUUCAAAAAAGCCAUAAGUUUCAACUGCAGUAUCAAAUUUUAAUGAUAAAAAACCAAUGCUUGGCAAGCAAAGCUUUUCUGAGAGAAAACCACCAAUUAAAUCCAAAAUUCAGACAGUUUAAAGUUCUCUUAAUAAUUGCAUGGCUCCUUUCUAACCUGUAAAAAAACAAGGCUUUAUCUACAAGACAAUAAAAGACAUGAAGAAGUUUGACAAGGUGUAUGAGCCAUUGAAAAUGCAAACGCAGCGGCAUUUGAAUUUGAAGGACUUAAUAAAGGAUGAAAUUUUGCGAAGGAAGAAGCAUAUUGAAUAUGAGUUUGGACCAAGAAUCAAAAUUCAUUCUGAUCAAGUGUUUUAUGAAAAUGAUCAUGUAUUUGCCUUUGUAAAUAUUAGGCCAGUUUUACCUGGCCAUGUACUAGAUGGCUUACAUGCAGGAUAAACAGUUCCUCAUGUUCAUCUUCAUGUACUUCCUGCAAAAGAUCAUGCAAUAGGUGAAGCAGAGGUUUAUGGCAACGCAAGAUCAAUUGAUGAAAUGAAAGAAGAGGCAAUGAUAUUUAGAAAGCUUUUGGAAGAAUUUUAGAUUAAACUUUGA